AGCUAAUUCUAUUUCCAUUAACAUAAACACUUUAUUUUCAAGUUAAUGCAUGAAACGUUUAAAAAAUGGAAACAAUUUUAGUAACUGAUUUUGAGAAAGUUUGUCGUAUUUGUAUGGAAUUCGAUAAAACUUUUCUAUCAAUUAACUCAUUUAAAAUAAUUGACAUGAUUAUGGCGUGUGUAUCUGUACAGAUUUGGGAAAAUGACGAUCUACCAAAUCAAAUAUGUCACGCUUGUUUUCUUCAAUUACAAAAUACCAUCAAUUUCAAACAAUUAUGUGAGAAUUCAGACAAAGCAUUUCGACAAAUUAUUCAGCGUAAUAACAUUAAUUUAUCAAAUAAUCAAAAUAAUCUUAAUGGCGUAAAAGAUGAAGAAUUUGAAGAUUACGUUGAUGAUAACUCUCCAAUAGAUAUCAAAGAAGAAGAAGAUAUUCAUGAAAAUAUUAAAAUUGAAAAUAUAUUAGAAAAUGAAAGACUUGAUGAAGUAAACAAUUGUACAUUGGAAUUGAAUAAAGUGCCAACUAAAACGGAAGAAGAAAAUAAUGAUACUAAAGAUAAAAAAAAUGUUAUAGAAACGUUCACUUGUGAGAAAUGUAAAAAAGAUUUUGAUAAAGCACAUGGAUUGGGUUACCAUAUGUUUCGAAAACAUAGAGCGAAAGCAAUAAAAUGUAGCGAAUGUAAAUUAAAAUGUUAUCAUCCAUUACAUUUAAGGCAUCACCAAGAAGUAGCACACAAUCCAUUGAAUCGUACCUGUGAUAUAUGUAACAAAAUAUUGGGCAAUAUAUAUGAACUACAACGUCAUAAAUUCAGGCAUUCAUCAUUUAAAAGUGAAAUGUGUGAAAAAACUAAACAAGAAGGAAAAUGUCACAUUAAAAAAAUACAUAAACGUGAAGAAAAAUAUAUUACAUGUCAUAUUUGUGGUAAAUUAAUAAGAAAAACAAGUCUGAAAUCUCACUUAUCGACGCAUGAAGAGCGUGAUAAAGUUUCAUGCGACAUAUGUUCUAAAACAUUUGUCCUUGAGGCCACGUUAGCAAAACACAUUAAACAAGUACAUGAGAAUAAACCGAGCGAUCGUAAACAUUUAUGUAAUAUUUGUGGAUACUCGUCAUGCAGAUCGACUGAUUUACGUAAACAUAUGAUAAGUCAUUCAAGUGAACGACCAUAUGUGUGCGAACAUUGCAAUAAAUCUUAUAAAUAUCCGUUUGAUUUAAAAGAUCAUAUUUCAAAAGUGCAUUUAAAUCAACGAAAAUUUCAGUGUACAUUUUGUUCACAAGCCUUUUUCGAAAAGAGACAUUUGGUACAUCAUGAACGACGUCAUACGGGUGAAAAACCACAUAAAUGUGAAGUGUGUGGUAAAAGAUUUAUACAAAAAAUUGCAUUACAAAUCCAUAUGAAAACGCAUACAAGCUCAAGCGAGAAUUUAAUGCAAAGAUGAUUUUGAGAAUAAACGACCAAGUGAACGACCAUAUGCGUGCGAUCACUGCGCUAAAUCUUAUAAACAUCCGUUUGAUUUAAAAGAUCAUAUUUCAAGAGUGCAUUUAAAUCAACGAAAAU